UUGGCGACCGCAUGAGAGAAAGCAACUGGCAAUGCGGGAAUCGCCCCGAACGCACCGUUGAAAUUCUAAUUUCCAUCGACAGCACUGAUCUGACGUCCUUCUUCGAAACCCCCACUUGGAUUUUUUUAUUAAAUGCAUUCUGAACUUUCCCGUCUUCAUCGCCCCCACCAAAUAAAAAUCCACAUAGAAGAAGCAGACCGACCAUCCCCACAGCUAUGCCUGAGUUGUCCCCUGUUCUCUCCUUCUCCAAAAUCUCAAAUCCCUCUCCUCCCCCUCCCCUAUUUAUCUCUGCACACAUUUCCUCCCCCCCUCACCCACUCGGAUCAACGAACAGAAAGGAAAAGAAAAGAAAAUCCCAUCUCUUAUUUUGUUUUCCGCGCCCAAUGGCAUCCCAAAACGUGGAGCGCUUUGAGGACUACUUGCCGGUGAUGGCAGACAAGCUCGGCGGGGACGGGCUGAUCGAGGAGCUCUGCAAUGGGUUCCGGCUACUGACGGACGGCGACCGGGAGCUCAUCACCUUCGACAGCCUCAAGAGGAACGCUGCCCUUCUGGGCUUGGAGGGCUUCUCCGAUGAGGACCUGCGGAGCAUGAUGAAGGAGGGCGACUCCGACAACGAUGGGGCUCUCAGUCUUAUGGAGUUCUGCGUCCUCAUGUUCAGAUUAAGCCCUGAUUUGAUGGAGCGGUCCCAGUUGUGGCUCGAAGAAGCCCUUCAACAAGAAUUUCAGGAUUAUUAUUGUUGAUUAUACUCUUUGUUAAUUGAUUUCUUCUUUGGUGAAAUGUGAAUGAAAUAUACGAGAAGAGAAAAA